CGUUCCAAUGGCAGUCUGGGGCUACAUGACAGGCUCUCAGCUGAUUUUUCCUGCACAGUGAGUGCCGAGCCUUGUCCAAACCAGCCGUGUAGGACACAGUAGGACAGCGAAGCCUCGGCGUGGAGGCCAUCUGGUGGUGCCCUUUAAGGAUCCGCGCAACUGGCUGGAGGAUCUUGUUUCCCUGAGAGCAAUGAAACGGCUGUUUUCUGUAGAGCCUAUUGUCGCUCUUUACAUCUUGGCUAACGUGGCAGGUUCCAUCUUAAUUCAGCAGUAUAUUUAUCGUAAGAUAUGGGAGAAUGAAACUAACAGCAGUUACACUGACAAUCAAAAUAGAUCAAACUGCUACAAAAACCACAGUAGCCAUACGAAACGACAGGAGGUCCAGGAAAAAUCUUCUCGCUAUUUUAUGUAUAUGAAUUUGGUACAGUUUCUACCUGGCCUAAUUGUCACUUUGAUAUUGGGUGGAUUCAGCGAUCGCUACGGACGCAAACUAUUUGUCCUCCUUCCUUCUAUCGGCGCUGUGAUUACCAGCCUGGCAAAUUUAGCAGUGGCCUAUUUUUCUUGGUCUAUUAACAUCCUUUUCAUACCAACGAUUCUCGCAGCGUGUUUGGGUGGCUUCCCGGCUCUAUUUGGAGGAGCUUUUGCUUAUGUGGCUGAUGUUUCGUCCAGCGAGCAGAAGAAUAUGCGCAUGGCACUACUUGACAUGAUCGUAGGAGUAACGGGUGGCAUCGGCGCACUUUCCUCUGGAUACUUCUUAAAAGCAACCGGCUUUAGUUGGCCCUUCUUAACCAUCUUCUUCAUUAAUCUGGUCAAUAUUGCUUAUAUCAUCUUCUUCUUUGAAGAGAGUUCCCAGGUGUCAAGAAAUGAGCAAGACCAAACAUCGGUCUCUGACAAAGUCAAAGAAAUACUGUUCAGUAUCGUAAUUAUUUUUAAAAGUUCUGACUUUGAAAAACGUGUCCAGAUUGUUUUGUUGCUUCUUGCUGUGUCAACAUUUGCUCUUGCUGAAUUUGGUUCUUUAGGACUUUUUACUCUGUAUGAAUUAAAUGCGCCUCUUUGCUGGAAUGAAAUCCUUAUUGGAGCGGGUUCUGCAACUGACUUAAGCAUAUUUUUGCUGAGUUUUUGUGGAGUGACAGUGUUUUCCUACCAUCUUGGAGAUAUUUUUAUAGUUUUUAUUGGAAUACUUUCCUUUGCUGGAGGAAUGAUCAUGGCUAUCUUUGCCACAACUACUCUGCUCAUGUUUUUGGUGAGGCUGGUUUCUCUCUUUGCCUUCAUGCCAUUCCCUGUCCUACGAUCUAUGUUGUCCAAGUCAGUUUUGCCAAGUGAUCAAGGUGCUCUCUUUGCCCUUGUUGCUUGCCUGGAAAAUUUUAGUGGUACCAUUUCCACCAUAAUUUUCAAUAAUAUUUACGCUGCCACUGUUGUACAAUUUGCAGGGUUUGGUUUUUUGCUGGCAGCUUGUUCAUGCAUCAUUCCAGUUAGCAUUUUGUGUGUCUUGUUGUGGUGGAAAUCUCGCCCGGAAGCAUACACUGGACUGAUAGAAGAAGAUGAUAGUAGUUAGUUCUCAUGCAAUCUGUCACUUAGAUUGCAGUGGUAAUCUUGUGAUGUUCUGCCACUUGUAGAUCCUUGUUAUAAUCCAGGAUAUCUGUAUGUUCCUUUUUUUAAAUAUUGUAUUUUUUUGGAACAAUCCUCCUUGGUAAUGAAAGGUACACAAAAGAUUAAAAAAUCAACUUGAUUUCCUCGAACAUUGUGAAUAACGUAUAAUAUGUCGGAUUGGAACCAAGAUACUGCAGAAGCCUGAAAAGCUACUUAUUUGAAGAAACAUGGAUAGAACUGUUUGUAUUAAAUUCUUUAUUAUGAAAUAUAAUUGUCAAAUGGACCGUUUAGUGUGAAUUUUGGGGUUUUAUCUUUUGUAGUCCUAAACAAUUUUCUUGAAGUGAGAUGUUUGAGGGGUAAUUUAAUCCUGAACUAAUGUGUAUCUGGGAAGCAGUAAAUUGCAUGGAGUUUGCACAUUCUCCCUAUGACAGCCUGGGUUUCCUCUGGGUACUUCGGUUUCCUCCCACAUCCCACUGACGUGCAGGUUAGUAGCCUCUGUAAAUUGCUCCUAGUGUUCAGGGAGUGGAUGCAAAAGUGAAAUAACAUAGAACAUGUGAACGGGUGAUCGAUGGCAGGCUUGGACCUAACCCUAAACAGAGCUAAAUUAAUUGUGAAAUUGGAACACUUCUUUUCCCACAUGUUAUGGUGAAAACCUGGAAUAGUCUGACCUUAAAGGGUGGUGAAAUUUAAACUCAUUUUAAAGGGCUUUGGGAAAAUAGGUUGUUAAAUGUUGUUGCAUUAAAGAUGGGCCACAAUGGACCAAUUAUCUGAAGUAAAUUCAGGGUAUGAAAGACAAUAGAUACAAUCGUGGGCAAGCCAGUGAGUAAUCUGGAAGAACCUCAAACAUAACCAACCCUAACUCCACAAUUAUGGGGUUCAAUUCCACUUUCAAGAGUCCAGAACAUAAACUAGGUUGAUGUUGCAGUCUUGAAUUAAUCAUUGAGUAUGUCAGUUUAGUCAGCUGAAUAUCCAAGACCCUACAGCAUUUUGGAAUGACCUUGGUCUAUUUUCUAGUUCCUGGACAGUCUUUCCCCUCAACUAGUAUUACAAAAACAGAUUGAUUGAGGUGUUACUGAGAGAUGGGGUAAAGCACUGUGUGUGGGCAAACAUUUUCAAUAUGUUGUUAAAUAUGAUAUUUUCAGAGUAUUUCACUGACCACAACAAUAUUGUAAUGAAGUUACCAUGUGUCACCACUGCUUGUGAUGUCAAAUGAUUUUCUCCUUAUCUGGCUGUCCAGAUAUUAUUAGUUAAGAUAUUUUACCUGGGUAAAUGUAAAAUGUAUUUCUUUUAAAUAUGUUUUACUUUGAACAAUUCUGUGCUUAUAUACAGUAUUGCUGUUGUUCUAAUGAUAACAAAAUUCAACAGUAUUAAUUAUUUCUAAUAUAGUAGACGAAGAAGUCUUUCAAGUAAAAAUGCAGUGCUAAGUUCUUAAAAACCCAAAACAUUAAUUUUGCAAAAAUUGCUCGAUGGAGAUUUUCAUCAAAUUUGUAAAAUGACUUGUUUUGUUAAUUUUCCAAAUGGUUCAGUUUGAAAUGUUUAUCAACAGUAGUGCAAUGUUUUCCUAAAUGUAAAUCUCUUCUCCACCACUAUUUCACAAGUAAAUACUAAAGCAACAAAAUCAGGAAUAAUUAUAGAAAUACUAACCAUAUACAUUUUAAACUUGCCUUGCAGUGCACCUUGGCAACACAUGAAUAUUGACUUCUGAAAAACAAUUUCCUUUAAUCUAUGAUGUAAAUAGUGCUAUUUUAAAAGCCAACCAUGGAAAAUCUACAGUACGUUCCUCCAAUAACCCAAUUCCAAAA